GAAAUUUUGAUUUGAUUUUGUUAAACUAAGAGAAAUUUUAGUUAGUUUAGUUUUGGUUGGAAUACUUGGGUGCAAAAAUAGCAUUACUUCCUUACUUUCGUGUCUUGCAGUUUUCAUGCCUCCAGAAGGGAGCAACCUAACCUUGAUAAUAUAUUGUAGUUUAGUGAAAAUGGCAUACUAACUAAGCUUAGAUUGUUAUUGGAGUGAUAAAUAUAUUUCUCCCUUGAGAGAAAAGUAGAUAAAUCAAUUGCGUAAGACAUUUAAUUAUUGAAGGUUAAGUUAAUUUCUCGAAAGUUAAUAAGAUAAUGAUACGGAACAAAGUGUGAGCAUGGAUCGCCUUGACAAUUAGAAUAGUGAAAUUGGUUAGUACUUUGGUUCUUGUGGUUUAAAAUGUGGUAAUAAUUGUAGCGGCACUUGCUCGGAGAGCAAAACGCUGAAAAUUUGAAUUAGGAUCUAUCCUCCUCAACUCUUGCACUUUGGAACGUUCAAGCUAAGUUGCGGUGAGCUCAGAACUGUCUAAAACUCUGGUUGUCAGCAUUCAGUUCAGUUUAUUGUACUAUGAUCCGAUGCAGGGACUGUAUACGUGAACUGAGAGAACUUAACUAUUUGCGCAUGCCUUCCAGCUUAGAAUUUUCUUUGGCUUCCAAUUAUAUUUAUGAACAGUGAUAUAAAGAAGAUAUCCAGAUUUUAAUAAAAAUCUUUACUCUUUGCAGUUUAAUUGAAGAUGUCGACGCAAUUAGAUAUUCAUUUACGAAAAAUAGAUAAUAAGGUAAGUAUUGAUGACAACGAUCGUAAGCCUUAUACCGACGUAUACAAUAGUAUACGCGAUUUUUUGUUAAAUCGUAUGUCUGAAGCGGAUCCGGUCUUUAAAAGACUAUACAAAGGUUACAAUUUAUUUGGCAGUUACAUGCACAAUGUUCGCCUAGAAAAACCCAGCGAGUUUGAUGUUCUUUUGACAUUAAGAAUGCCAUAUGGAGAGAAGAUGCGCAUAAGACAAGACAACGAUCGACCAGGUUUUAUACAAUUGGAGUUUAACGAUCUGUUAAACGAACUUAAUAACGAUCACAGUCUACGUUACGUACACAGCCAACUUGUUAAGUUAACCCGUGACUCAGCUCGGAAGCUGCUAGAUCGUGGAAAGCUCGGAGAUUGGGUAGCAAGCAUCAUUGAGAAGGUAAUGCCGCGAUCUUUAACAUCGUAUGGCAGAAGUUUAGAUAUAACGUACUCGAAAAGGAGCGUUGCCCAUACUUUGUAUGCAAAAGAUUGUAAAGAUACGGAUUUUUCCAUAUCCAUCGAUUUCGUCGUAACCGUGGAAAUUGAAAAUAUAGAAUGGUUAAAGACCUAUUCCAGUUACUUAGACGACUAUUCCAGUUACUUAAAGCUGUGGUAUGCUGUGCCAAAGCAUUUUAAGAGCGAGAACAAAUCUUUAAGCGACUUCUCUUUUCUGCUUGUGAAUCCGAAAGCCGAGCACGAUCACUUGUUCAAUAAACAAAAUUUAAAAGUCGUGUUUCGCUUGCUGAAAUCUUUGCGUGACCACUUUGAGCUUGAUAGAUUAAAAAGCGUUUUCUUCACUAGCAUGUUUUUGUGGAAAGUGAAAGAAAUGAAAGAAAAUAACCGAGGCCGCUAUUGGGAGCGUUCCGUUGGUGAGCUGUUUCCAGAGAUUUUGAAUGAGUUCACAACGUAUUUCCGUAAACGUGAAUUGAAAUAUUUUUGGAGUCCAUCGCACAAUUUAAUGGGGAUUUUAAGGCCUAAAGAGCUCGAAGAAUAUUCCGGAAAAUUGGAGAAAGUAAAUAAAGCGUUUCAGAGCUUACGUGGUAAACGGAAUUUGACUUAUGACGAUUGCGCCAAAUACUUUGAGAUUCCAUCUUAAGAUCUACGGACUUGAGGCUUUUAGUUUACCCAAAGACUGUCAGCAAAUGGAUAAACUUUCAAUUUUCUUUUGCCUUUUCAUUUACAUUG